AUGUCUGCUCGAUUGGUGCUGCUCGUGGUGGCAACGGCGUCCGCCGCUGCUGCCGCGCCGGACCCCUGGCUUAGUGACAUUGGAAUGAAAAUGCACUCGGAACUGUAUGACGCGAUGAUGAUCGCCGAGGUGAACUACUCGACGCCCGUCAUCAACACCACCUACGUGGCCCGGGUGGAGUUCGACAUGCGGGCGAUGGGCAUCGUCUACAACUCGACGAACAUGAUCAUCGAUUUCAUCGUCAAUAAACAGGCUUAUCCAGAAGGCAUCGUGUCCGUAUCGGACGGCCACGUCGAGGUGGCGUCGGCCCGCGAGAACUGGCGGCCCCUGCUGACCCACUACGCCGGGCCGGUGGCAGCCCUGACCCUAGCCGCCCUCUUCGCGGCAGCCCUGCCGCUAGCCGGCCUGUUCUGGUGCUGCUGCCAAUGGUGCCGCGUGGGCCGGCGACGGCGCCCCUUCGACCGCAAGUACGACGUCUGCAUCAAGGGGAUCCUGGCCAUCGUGCUCAUCGGGCUGCUUACUCUGUUUCUUUUCGGCGUCGUGUGCGCCUUCGCGACCGACUCGCAAGUGGAGAGCGGCGCCAUGGGGACCCCGGGUGCCAUUAAGCGUGGGGUCCGAGAUGCCCGCGAGUUUUUAAACGCCACGCAGGCCCACGCGCGCCACCUCCUAGUGCAGAACUACGCGGAGCUGGAGCGGCGCCUGAACGCGAUGCUCACCUACAGCGGCGUGACGAUGUCCGCGCGCCUCGGCGAGGUGUCGCGCGGCGCGGCGGUGGCCAAGCUGCAGGCGCUGCUGCGCCAGCUGCCGCCCGCGCGCGCGGACCUGCUCACGGUGCGCGACCGAACGCAGGCCCUGCGCGCGCACGCCGAGCGACUCAACUCCGGUACGCGAACACAACCACCAGCCAUAUUCCCGGACCGCGCACGCAGGCCCUGCGCGCGCACGCCGAGCGACUCAACUCCGGUACGCGAAUACAACAACCAGCCAUAUUCCCAAUGUUGCCCUUUCCUUUCCUUCCUAUCGUCCUUCUCUUUCUCUUCUUCCUAUCCCGAACGCAGGCCCUGCGCGCGCACGCCGAGCGACUCAACUCCGGUACGCGAAUACAACCACCAGCCAUAUUCCCAAUGUUGCCCUUUCCUUUCCUUCCUAUCGUCCUUUCUCUUUCUCUUCUUCCUAUCCCGAACGCAGGCCCUGCGCGCGCACGCCGAGCGACUCAACUCCGGUACGCGAAUACAACCACCAGCCAUAUUCCCAAUGUUGCCCUUUCCUUUCCUUCCUAUCGUCCUUCUCUUUCUCUUCUUCCUAUCCCGAACGCAGGCCCUGCGCGCGCACGCCGAGCGACUCAACUCCGGUACGCGAAUACAACCACCAGCCAUAUUCCCAAUGUUGCCCUUUCCUUUCCUUCCUAUCGUCCUUCUCUUUCUCUUCUUCCUAUCCCGAACGCAGGCCCUGCGCGCGCACGCCGAGCGACUCAACUCCGGUACGCGAAUACAACCACCAGCCAUAUUCCCAAUGUUGCCCUUUCCUUUCCUUCCUAUCGUCCUUCUCUUUCUCUUCUUCCUAUCCCGAACGCAAGCCCUGCGCGCGCACGCCGAGCGACUCAACUCCGGUACGCGAAUACAACCACCAGCCAUAUUCCCAAUGUUGCCCUUUCCUUUCCUUCCUAUCGUCCUUCUCUUUCUCUUCUUCCUAUCCCGAACGCAGGCCCUGCGCGCGCACGCCGAGCGACUCAACUCCGGCCUUCGUAAGGUGAAGGCACUGCUCCUGCAGACGCUCAACGACUGCGAGCAGCCAAAGUGCAGGGAGCUGAAGGAGAAAUACAAGAUCGGCCAACUCGACACGGAAAUUCAGUACAGUCGGAUGCCGGACGUGUCGGAGGUGCUGAGCAACGUGAGCGCGCUGCUGGAGAGCAACAUGACGGCCGAGGUGUCGGCCGGGCUGGAGGUGCUGCUGGGGCUGCAGAGGGGGCUCCGGGCGGCGGUGGACGACCACGUGCCGGCCGUGCAGGAGGCGCUGGCCGAGACAGGGCGGCAGCUGAGCGCGAUGGCCGACUCGGUGACGGCGCUGGCGGGCAACGCGAGCGCGCGCCUCGCCGAGCACGCGGGCGCCGCCGACUCGCUGCGGCAGGCGCUCGACGACUACGGCCCCUACCGGCGCCACGCGGGCCGCGCCGCCGCCGCCGCGCUGCUGCUCAUCACGUGCCUCAUGGCCUGGGGCCUGCUGUGCGGCGUGUGCGGCAAGCGACCCGACGUCUACGGCGCCAGCGACUGCUGCAACAAAGGCGCCGGCGCCAGCUGCUUGCUGUGCGGUAUGGCGGUGACGUUCCUGGUGGGCGGUAUCAUAAUAGUGGUGAUGAUGGUCUACUUCAUCGUGGGCGUGACGAGUCAGCGCUUCAUUUGCGACCCGCUCACGGAGCCGCGGGGGAAUCGCGUGUUCGAGGACGUGGAGCGCUUCGUGGAUCUGGACUGGCGCGACUCGGAUUUGAACCUGACGGCCGUCAUGCUGCGCUGCCAUAGCAACCUCACCAUAUACGAGACGCUCGAGCUGUGGCGCGUGUACGACCUGGCCGGGCUGCCGGCGGCGGUCUCCCGCGGCGUGGCGGAGCGCGCGGCGCGGCUCAAGCCGGCGCUGCCGCGCGGCCUCGUCAUCCUCUCUGCGGGCGCGCGCGCGCAGCUGCGGCGCCUCGCCGACGCGGGCCUCUCCGAGUUCCGCUUCGAGCGCAUCCCGCGCGCGCUCGAGACCAACGUCACGUCGCUCGAGCUGGCCGGCCUGGGCGCGCAGCUGCGCAGCACCGCGCGGGCGCUCGAGGCGCGCGCCGGCUACGAGCACGUGGCCGAGCGGCUCGACGACGCCGCGGCGCGCCUCGCCGCGCUCCAGGCCGACGUCGUGCUGCCGAUGCUCGACCACGCGCGCGAGCUCAACGAAACCGCACUAAAACUGCGUGACGGAUUACGCUUCAACUAUACAUCACUGAGAGACGCCAUCAACUUCCUGAUGGAUGAAACCACGCAGGCCGAAACGUUCCUCAACAACCAAGGUCCCGAGCUAGUACAAAACCUGACGCAGGAGUUCGCAGCGGCGGUGAGCGAGCAGCUGCAGCAGUACGCCAGGCGCGUCCAACUCGCGGCCCGCACCGAGGUGGGCCGCUGCGGGCCGAUGUCGCGCGCCUUCAACGCCACGCGCGACGCCGCCUGCAGGGCCUUCCUGCUGCCCGUGAACGGCUACUGGAUCUCGCUGGCGUGGUGCGCCGUGCUGUUCGUGCCGAUGCUGCUGGUGGCGCAGCGGCUGGCCAGGCUCUACCGCCACGCGGACCCCUACCCCGGCCCGCUCGUCGAGGCCGAGUAUUUGUAUGACGCGUACGCUGACCGCGAUAACGUACCCCUCGCCAACGGGUCCAAGCGCAGCACGCUCGACAUCGAGGGCAAGAUCGCCGAGUGGCGCGAGCGGAGCGCGGCCGGCGGGGGCGCUGGGGUGGUGGGCGUGGGGCCAGGGGCGGGGGCGGGGCAGGGGGCGGGGGCGGGCACCGCGCUGCUGCUCGAGGGGCGCGAGGUGGUGUGCGCCCUGCUGCCGCCGCCCGCCCUCAUCGACGACCUCAAGACCCGCCUCGACGCCAAGGACGAGGACAACGAGUCGGGCAUCCACGAGUCCGAG